CGAGUUGGUUCGAGUUGAGAUGAUCGUAAUGGCGUAGUGUACCCCAAAAAAUGCUUUUGUUGAGUUGGACUUGAAAUUGAGCUUUUUUGCGCCUUAUUCUCAUCAUCUGGUUUUGUUGACACAGUGUUCGAAGUGUGGGUAUACUUUUCAAGCGGUAAUUGUGUAGGGGCCACGCCAUCGGGAUGUCCGACCCUUUGGACCCCGUGCAACAAAGAUCCAACAGUCCCGAGCAACAAUCCAACAAUAAUACCUCCUCGGGAAAGGUGACUUUAACGGAUACAGAAGUAGCCGGGUUAUCUUCAGCGGAAUUCCUCGCAAAUUGGAGAAAACAGGAGGGAUACAUUUCUAGUUUAGAGCAGCGUUUGGCUCACCAGGAAGGCGAGCUUUUGGAGUAUCGACAAAUUGCUGAAAGAGCCAAGGUCCAACUCGGAGAGUCACAACAACGAGAGAAGGCGCUAAUUAGGAGACUCGCAGCUAAGGAACAGGAGGCACAUGACUACGUGUGUCAAGUCACCGAACUGAAAAGUGUUCAGGUACCGACAAAUUCGACGCUGCGUUCGACCCUUUUGGAUCCAUCGGUCAACACGCUCCUCCAAUUGCUAAGAAAUGAACUUCAAGCGACGAAAUCGCGUCUUGAAGAUACCCAAAAUGAGCUUGCUGCUUGGAAAUUCACGCCGGACUCGAAUACCGGGAAACGAUUGAUGGCGAAAUGUCGCCUUUUAUAUCAGGAGAACGAAGAGUUGGGGAAAAUUACAAGUUCCGGUCGCGUCGCAAAAUUAGAAAGCGAUUUCGCGCUUCAAAAAAGUUUUUCCGAGGAGGUGCGAAAAUCGCAACUCGAAUUGGACAGUUUUUUAGCGGAUUUAGAUGAGGACGUGGAGGGUAUGCAGAGUACUAUUUUGUAUCUACAGGGGGAAUUGAAAAGGGCACACGAUGCGACUCAAAGUUUACAAAGGGAGAACGCGGGGUUGAGGCAGAACGGUGGUCGGGCGAACGGUGAGAGUGUUAAUUGUGACCAAGAACGGACCGACUCCGACUCGGACGGACAUCGGACUAGGGUUAAAAGAGUUCGACGAUCUUCCGUGCUCAGCAUUGACUAUGAAGAAGACACUCUUAUUAAUGCCAAUGGAGAUGUUGCAAUGUCCGAUGCUGAGUAGUUUUCAUUUUGAUUUUUUUUUAUCACUUUCUCGGUUUUUAUUUAAGAACAAUUAAUCAUGGUGAUUUCAUUAA